ACCCGCGCAAAGCUGGGCAUGGAGCCCCCCGGGGCGGCCACCACGGAGACCCCAAUUGAGCGAGAGAUCCGGCAGAACCAGGAGCGCGAGGCGAGCCUGCGACGGAGCCGGGGUUUGAGCCCUAGCUUCGCUGGCAGGGAGCUGGUGGAGCUGCGCCUCCGGCCCAUCCUUAGCCUGCUGCCGGGCCCGGGGCCUGGACUGCCCCGGGACGUGGAGCGCGCCCGAGCCGGCGCCCAGAUGCAGCGCGACAUCGCGCGGGAGGCACGCCGGGAGGAGGCGCUGGUGCGCCUGGGUCCGGGGCCCUGCGGCGGCCGGGAGUACGGCCAGGGGCCUCAGCCGCUGAGCGAGCGUAAGCUGGUCUUUGAGGCUGGGGGCGCGCAUUCCCGGGCAGAGUCCGUGGGCCGGGGCCCUUCGUUCACCGAGGCCAGUGGCGCCGCCCACGUGGUGGUUCUGGAGCAUCGCAGCCGACUCCGGGCACCCGUCUUGGCUCAUUCUCCUACUCCAGCCCCAGUUCCAGCAACUGCACGGGCCCGAAACCCAGUUCCAGCUGAGGUCGGGACGCCAGACCUAGCCCCGGCGCUGGCUCCGGCUCCUGCCCAGGCCCUGGCCUCGGCCCCACGUGCCCCAGGCCCGGCUUCAGCCUCCGCCUUGAGCUCUCCGAGCCCGGCUCUUGCCUCGGCAUCCACCCCAAGUGCUCGGCCCCCGGUCCCACCUCUGGCCCCGACCCUCGAUCUAGCUUUGGCCCCGGCCUCCACUACGAACGCGGCCCCGAUCCGUCGAGGCCAGUUGUCGCUGUUGGAGCAGGAGGUCCGAGAAGUUCGACAGAGGGAGCGGGAGCUGCAGCGCCAGAGGCGCAGCAUCUAUGGUACCUCAGAGUUCAAGGAGCCGACCCCGAGUCUCACCGAGAGCACACCCUCUGGAAAGCUUUCAGUGGUGUGGCCCCCUCGGCGGGACUCUGAGAACGGCUUAGAGCAGGAUUACCGUGCUAGUGCCCGGUCUGUUAAUCGAGGGAAGAAGAUCAUGAUCCACACCGGAGAACCCCUCAGCCAGGAGGAGUAACUGGUCACCUGUCUCUUCCCCCUCAUUAACUUGGGGAGGUGGGGGGGGGGAGCUUAACUGGUUACGCCCUCUACUCCACAAGCUCUAGCAGGAGAGUCUUAAUUGGUUAUAUCCCGCCCUCCUCCCUUCCUCCACUAACCCGGGCUGGGGGCUCCUAAUUUGCCACCUGUCCCCAAUGCUGUUGCACACACCCCCCCCAACCCAUCCAGGAGGGAGACAGAAUGCCUAUCUCCCCUAUGCUCUCUGGGAUACUGACCAGGUUAUACCCAAGCCUCUGACUGUUACAUGGCUGGGGGUGAGGGAACCCUCCUCAACCUUCUCUGCUUACUGUGCCAUCAAUAAA